AUGGUUUCUUUAAAUCUUCUUGCUGCUAUUGGUUUAUCCUUAACCACUGUAGUCAAUUCAUUUGAUUUACUUAGAGAUGAAGAUGGAUUUGCUAUUUUACCCCCUACUGAUUUAGUUCUUCAACAUUUAGCUGAAUUAGAAGCUGAACAAGAUCCUGAAGAAUAUACUGUGAUUAACUCUAUUCAUUCUAAUGGUGAAAUCAUUAAAAUCAAUUUAAAUACUCAAGAAAUUCAACAAACUGGUUUAUACAAAAGAGAUUAUGAUAAUGAAGCUUAUUAUCAACAUGAUUCAAAAGCUUUAUUCACUAGAGAAAUUGAAAAUACAAGUGGUGAAUGUUUCAAUCAACAACAACAAUUUGGUAUUUCUCAAUGUGUUUUUGAAUUUGUUUCUUAUGAAAAUCCAAACAAUUGUUCAUCAGAUGCUACUUUCUAUUCAUGUGUUUUAGAUGUUGAAAGAAUUCAAGAUUCUUCUGUUGCCUUAAAGAAUAUGGUUCCAAAUCCAGCUCAAACUAGAUGUUUCAAAUCUUUAGAUAAAGCCAUUGCUUAUAAUGCUACCAAUGGUGCUUGUGGUAAAUAA